UUGUCAGCGGAAUUUUCAAAUUACCAAAACUAAAAUGUUUUUCAUUCGAUUUAGUCGUCUCCAAAAAUUAUCACCCCCGCGAAUAUUUCUACGAAAAUUUUCACGCCCUGCGGAUUGUCCUCACACAGAGUCUGGUGAAAAACGUCCCUACAACACACCGGAUUGUAGCAAAGUCAUUGUAGUCGGUGGAACUGGAGCUGUUGGUCUAGCUACAGCCACUCAACUAUUGUGUUCGAAAGCCUCCCAUAUUGCUUUAAUCGAUACAGACACGUGUAAAGGUAGAGAUGCCGUAUACUCCUUAAAUUGUGCAUUUGGAAAAGGCAAAGCUGUUUUUAUCAAGGCUGACGUCACGAAUAAAUGCGAAAUACAUGAUGCCCUUAGAAGAGCGAGAAGUGAAUUUAAAAAAAUAGAUGCUAUUGUAAAUGCUUUUGGGGUUUGGAACGGUAAAAAAUGGGAAGAAGAAAUUCAAGUGAAUUUAGUUGGUACAAUAAACGUCAAUGAAUACGCGAGCCAGAUAAUCAGCAAUCCGAAAGGAUUCGUUUUGAAUAUAAUCGGACUUCCAGGAAUAGAAAUAUUCAGUCCUUCGCCAACUAUAGGAGCAACAAACUUGGCAGUAGUAGCUUACACACAAGCAAGGGGUCAUGAAAGAAACGAAUGCAUUUCAGGAAUACGAACUGUAGCACUAUGCUGUGGAGUAACCGAAUCGAAUUUCAGCAAAGGUGUAGAAUCGAAAACUUGCUGUCCUCAAACUGGCAACGAUUUGAAAAAGUAUUUGGAGGAAGAGGCUUGCUGGCAAAAACCGGAAGUUGUAGCAAAAGCUGUUGUCGAAGUACUGAAAUUUGCUCCGAGUGGAACUGUUUGGGUAGUGGAAGGAUCAAGAUUGUUCUCUCUGAAGUGGCCAGACUCGAAAACUUUUAGAACACUUGAGAAUCAAUUUAUAUGACAUUUUUUAUGUAUCUUUAAAAUAUACUAUUUUUUCUAGUUGGUUUUGCGUUCGCCAUCGUGUCAGAAUCAAGUUAAGCAAUUUUCUGAGUCUGAGUGCCUUUUUUUAUAAAAUCUGGCUCUCAAAAAGCCAGUGGGUUGAUGUUCUUCCUUUUGUUUUA